CAUCUUCGUCGCCGCCGCCGCCAUGGCGGUGGUCCCUCCCCCCCGGGAGGGCACCGUGGCCGUCAUGGUGCGAGUGCGACCCCCGGCCCCCGGCGAGGGAGCCGCGCAGCACCCGGUGCUGAGGGUGCUCGACCAUCACACCCUCGUGUUCGACCCUGAGGGGUCUGCUGGUGCCCCCGGCGGGGUGCUGCCUGCUGGCCGCAGCAGGAACCCAGGGAAACAUCAGAAGUUCCACUUCGACCGGGUUUUUGCUGAGCAGGCCACCCAGGAGGAGGUGUUCCAGCACACCACCCAUCAGAUGGUCGACACCAUCCUCGAUGGCUACAACUGCUCUGUGUUUGCCUAUGGGGCAACAGGAGCAGGGAAAACCUACACCAUGCUGGGCUCAGAGAAGAGCCCUGGCAUCAUCCACCUCACCAUGGAGGAGCUGUUCAGGAGGCUUGAGGCUAGGAAGGAGCAGAAGAGCUAUGAGGUCCUGGUCUCCUACCUGGAGGUCUACAACGAGGAGAUCCGUGACCUGCUGGAGCCCAAGGGCCCUCUGUCCAUCCGGGAGGAUCCCGAGAGAGGAGCUGUGGUUCAGGGUCUCUCCAUCCAGCAGCCCAGCUCGGCAGAGCAGCUCCUGCAGACGCUGCUGAGGGGCAGCAGGAACCGCACGCAGCAUCCCACCGCUGCCAACGCCUCCUCCUCCCGCUCCCACGCCAUCCUGCAGGUCUACGUGAAGCAGCAGGACCGCGCCGGGGGCCUCGGCGGGGCUGUGCGGGUGGCCAAGAUGAGCUUGGUCGACCUGGCCGGCUCGGAGCGAGCCGCGCUGGCCAAGACCAGGGGCGAGCGGCUGCGGGAGGGAGCCAGCAUCAACCGCUCGCUGCUGGCCCUGCUCAGCGUCAUCCAGGCGCUGGCUGGGGCCAAGGGCAAGCAGAGCCACAUCCCGUACCGGGACAGCAAACUGACGAGGCUGCUGAAGGACUCCAUCGGCGGCAACUGCCGCACCCUGAUGCUGGCUGCCCUCAGCCCCUCGCCGCUCUGCUGCCAGGACACCCUCAACACGCUCAAGUAUGCCAGCAGGGCCAAGGAGAUCCAGGUCUCGGUGAGCACCUCGCCCCACGGCCGGCAGCUGCGGGGAAGGAGCCUGGGGCAGGCUGCUGCGGGCUGCCGCCGCCCCCCUGCUGCAGCCGGGCUGCCUCUGGAGCCCCUCCCAGACUGA